AUGGACGUCGUGAGUUCAAUACGCCCUCCUUUACCUGACCUUGUUAUCCACCAAAUUCUCCAAAUCCUUCCUACUAAAGCUGAUGUUCGCAUGAGCUUCCUUUCCAAGCAAUGGGAUGGAGUUUGGUGCUCGACCCCGGUAUUGGAUUUCGACGAGGGAGAUGAUCCCGGUAAGUAUGACAACGACCACAUCGAUCUUAACAAGAUUCUCGAACAUAGAAAGUUCAUCAACGUUGUGGAAAAGUGGCUGGAAUUCUGUGAGCAAGAGCAGCAAAAACAAGUCUUUUUGAAUAAAUUCAGACUUCGCAUGAUGAGGUACGUACCCGGAGAUUAUGGCUCAAUAGACAAAUGCCUGAGUUAUGUAUUCGAGAGAAACGUCAAGGAGCUAGAUAUCAGUCUUAGAAUCAGUCGAUUAUUCUGGGGAUUUUCUUGGCAGAUCCAGUUUGGAUUCGACUACUGCAUAUCGAGGACGACCCUUGCAAAUGCAAAAACCCUAACUGUUUUGAAGCUGGAGUAUGUGAGGAUAAAAAAUCAUCGAUUGACCAAAAAAAAGAGAAGAAAAACUCCAAGACUUCUGCCCAAUUUGAAAACUAUGUACUUGAAAAACGUGCACUUUGAUGAACUUGCUCCCUUCUAUUUGAUCCUGGAGUGUCCUUCCAUUCAAGAUUUGUCAUUAACUUCAUGCCAUUGUGAAAACUCGGAGUUUGAUGUUUCAAGUUCAAGUCUCAAAUCAUUGGAAAUUGAGCACUGCGAUUCUCGGAUUAUUUACGUUGAUGAAGCUAAGAAUCUUGAAUCGUUUACGGUUUCAUCAAACUCUUCGCUUCUGGAGAAAAUUACCUUGAUUGAGUGCUCCAACUUGAAAUACAUCAACGUCCAUGCUGAGCACUUGAAGCGCCUUACCGUAAGUGGCCAUGAUUGUUUGAAGGGCACAAUCAAUACUCCAAAUCUAGUUACUUUCGGUUUCGAAGGGUUUUCGAAGUCCAAGAUUCUUGUGAAAGCUCCAAAUUUAAAAGUUACUCGAGUCUUUCUUUCGGAACUUAGGGAUAGAGACGUACUGGGGUUUAACGGGUCAUUCAGACAUUUUUCAACACUCAGAGAUUUUCUUGAGAAUAUUGGUUUUUCAAAAAGGAUUGUCCUUUAUGUUCGUAAUUAUAAGGCUCUCCUCUUUCCUGAAGAUUUUAGGAAGAACUUCUCUUCACCAUUGUAUGGUGUCAAGCACCUCGUUGUUGUGAUGCCGAAUUCUCAAAAGGAGGUGAGCGAUAUUCCUGAGUUCCGCCACGCAUUGGGUUGGAUGGCACCUUCAACAAAUCAGUUGUCUCUUGGAGAAGAGAAUCACCAACAAUUCCUUGCUCAUUGUUCCUUGGUAGGGCUGUAA